UUAAGCCAAGAGUAAAUAAUGGUCAGCGCUCUGAUUUUUGUGAAUAAAUAUAAAUAUUAGUGUGAAAUAUAUCUCUCCAUUUCCGACACACUCCUCGUCUUGUGUAUUUUUCUGCCGAAUCCUCGUGACUCUUAGCCACCUCUUAGCCACGCCCACAGCCCACUACCUCGCGCACACUCCGCACUGGGCUCGUUAGACUCUCGGACACCCUGCUAACAGUUACCAGAAAUAAAGGGGGAAAAAACAUCACCAACAUCAUUUUUAUUCCUGUCACGGGGGAUUAUUAUUAUCAUUAUUAUUAUUAUUGUUGUUGUUGUUGACUUUUGGAAAGAUGCGCGCGCUCGUGAUGCUCCUCAUAGUCGCGAGCCUGCGCUUUGCGCACCAGGAGGUUCUAGAUGACAUUCUGAACAGUUUGUCUAAAGGAGUGAAUUUCUUUGAGCAGCAGAGCAGGAACAUGAAUCUGGAUGGUGUUGUUGGUUUUGUCAUCCUCCAAGCCCAGUUACAGGAAGCCACAAAAUCCCAGACCCAUUCAGACUCUCUGAACCUCUCUCAGCGCUCCAUCGCCAUGUCUCUGGUCAAGAAACUGGACAAGAGUCUGGCUCAUGCGGUCACAUCUCUUCAGGAGACAGAUCCUAAAUAUUACAAAGAGUUCGAACCCGUCUUGUCUGCGUCGUUUUGGUCAUUGCCUCGUGAAUGGAUCUCCACGGACCCGUCCCUGGCGUACGCCUCGCCGAGAUCUGUCGAGUGUUACGAUGAGCAGCUCGGGGAUAAGUGCAUGACGCUGCUUCUGGGAACCUGGAAAGACGACGGGACGCCGUGCAUCGUUACGAAGGCCUGCAGGGACACCAUGACGCGCUUCGGGUGUCCACAUUACUCUCUGUCUCACCAGCUGCUCUACUUCAUGAUUGGGACGAUGAAAGGAUGUCCCAGGAUGCUGAAAGGGGAAGCGAGGCUCUCGAGGGUCAACAUCACUGUAAAACAUUAUCAGAAGAUUUUCUGCUCCAACAUGAUGAAGAGCAACCAGGAGAUCAGCAUCAAGGGCUUCACUGGACAAAUCCAAGACAUCUUCAUGGAGAACAUUCUGUUAUGUGGGCUAGCUGGAUUCUCAGACUUUUAUAAAGCCUCCUGGCUGCAGCACAUUCUGACCUGGCAGGACAAAGACCUGGGCUGUUUCGGGAAAGAGGAUUACUUGCAGAUGUUUGAGGAAUAUCUGGACACACUGCACAAGCGGGUGAAGAGAAGGGAGAAGACGCUGAAAGACGGAUGCUCGAGUCACAUGACAGGCGUGGCCGUGAGUGCUCUGGGUGGUUACCUCAACUAUUACCUGUCUGAGCAAGACAUUACAAAACGACCGCUGGUGUAAAAAAAAAACAAACAUAAAUAUUAUAUAUAUACAC